CCAACUCCACUCUGCUUGUCUCUCUCUCCAAUCUGCUCUCUCUCUCUCUCUCUCUCUCUCUCUCUCUCUCCUCGGAUCUCUCUUUCCCCCCCCCCCCCUCUCUCUCUCUCUCUCUCUCUCCCUCCCUCUCUCUCUGCAGCUAUGCUCAGAUUGCUCACCAGAGACUGUAGGUGGAUCUCCCAGAGUUUAUGCAGAAGCUCAGUGAGAUUUUCUUCAUCUGGAGCUGGGGGCAGAUUACUUUGCCUUUCUUUCAAAAGCAGGCUUGAGGGGAAGGUGGCCCUCAUCACCGGAGGAGCAAGUGGGCUUGGUAGGGCUGCGGCCCAUGAGUUCAUCCACCACGGAGCUCGUGUUGUCAUUGCCGAUAUCGACGCCCAACGCGGCCCGCAAGUGGCUAGAGAGUUGGGCUCGAAAGCCCACUUCGUCCGCUGCGACGUAUCGGUGGAGGCCGAGGUGGCCGAGGCCGUCGCCGCCACUCUAGACCUCCACCACAAGCUCGAUGUGAUGUACAAUAAUGCUGGGAUAACAGGCCCGUCCAUUCCGCCCAGUGUUGCUGACCUUGACCUCAAAGAUUUUGACCGGGUCAUGCGGGUCAACGUUCGAGGCACCAUUGCAGGGAUAAAGCAUGCAGCCCGGGUGAUGAUCCCUGCGGGCUCGGGCUCGAUUCUUUGCACAUCGAGCAUUAGUGGGCUUAUGGGCGGGCUUGGGCCGCACCCCUAUUCGAUAUCGAAAUUUACGAUACCGGGAAUCGUCAAGUCCAUGGCUAGCGAGCUGUGUCGGCAUGGGGUGCGAAUCAACUGUGUUUCCCCUUUUGCAAUCGCCACGCCGCUCGUGUUGGCACAGUUUAAUGCGCUUCUCCCAGGUGUGAGUCAAGAACACAUAAUGAAGAUCAUUAGCAGUCUAGGAGAGUUGAAGGGAACAAAGUGUGAAGAAAUAGAUGUGGCACGAGCAGCAUUGUUUUUGGCAUCGGAUGAAGCUAAGUACGUGACGGGUCAUAACUUGGUUGUGGAUGGGGGUUUCACGUGCUCCAAAAAUCUUGGAUUUCCUACUUCGGAUCAAGCCAUGUGAGAUUCGACAAUUUAUCAUAUUUGACACGUGCUUUUAGUUUGAAUUAAGAUUUUCUAGGGUUAACUUUUACGCAAAGUUCUAAAAAUGCAUUUAUUUCACAAUUUAAUGAACUCCACUAGAUUGACUCCAAA